CCUCCCUAGAUAAUUACGAUUAAAUAAGAAGGGUGGAAAUAAAAAAAAAUCAGUUUCCUUUGUGUUGUUUCUAAGGACGAGGGGACGAACAACACAGAUACGAUGGGACUGGCCUUUGUCACGGUACUCUUCCUAAUAGUUUGUUUCACCGAAGUGGAUGUGGCUCAUGGAUACGAUAAGGACCCGUGUUCUAAUUACCGCACCCUGCGUGGCGCUGAUCGUGCGGCGGGAUUCAACAAGCUAACAAAGAAAUCAGAUAAACGCAAAGCAUGGAAAGAGGAUUGGUACCGAUUCACUGGGGAUGCAGGAAACAAAAUGGCCACUAUUGACCAAAAUGGAGGUGGCUGCUUGAAGUCUCCUGCAUGUGGGGCCAUGUUUCCUGCCUAUCUUCUCAAGCCACACCCUGUUAACUUGAAGCCUGGGGAAAGUGCCCAAGCCACGGUUUGCUAUACAACUGGGAAGACUUGCUGCGCAAAGACUCAAGAAAUAGCGAUCAAGAAAUGUUCAGGUUUCUUUAUCUACAAACUUCCUCCUGCCUGCCUCAAACGAGGAAGAUAUUGUGGGGAUAAAGAAAAAAAGGAACCGGAGUGUGAUGAGAUGAAACUGUUGUAUGGCCUGAUCAAAAAAUACCCAGGAAAGUCAUGUAAAGAUAUUAAAGAAAAGCGAAAAGAUGCAACUUCCGGUGUGUACUGGAUUAAACCUGGAGGAGGCCAAACAGUACAGGCCUACUGCGACCAAGAAACGGAUGGCGGAGGCUGGACUCUAGUGUAUAGCUACACAUUAACAAACUACAGGGCAUUCAGACAUGGUUCAAAUGCGAUUACACCACGUCCCAACUGGCCUAUAUCCCAUCACGUUGGGAAUGUCUACCAAUCAACUACCCCCCCUGUAAGUGAGACUGACUACAACGCCAUGGAAUUCAACCUGUGGAAGUCUCUUGGCAGUGAGUUCAUGGUGAAAUCCAACAUCAACCACUGGAUCGCUUGUAAAGAAGGAACCGGAAGUCUGGUGGAAUUCAAAACUGGAAGUGUUUUAUGCCGCAUUAUAAAGAACGUGGCUUCUAAAUGUCAUAACUACGUUCCCGACCAACUCAUUCUUCAUGCUGCUGGAAAUCCUGCAGGUUCUACUCUGGGACCGGAUCUGAUACGAUCUCAAAGUAGCUCAUGGUUAAAGGAGUAUUACUAUUUCGAGUCUAACACACGCACAGGGAACUGGCCUACCCAUGAUCCUUGUGGCACGAACAGUCUGAACCACCUCACCAACGUCAACAACCCUCAUGGAAACAUCUACAUCCGGUGAUGGCGCGUAUCAUCUGGGUCUUGUGAUGCCUACAAAAUCCUGCUAACGUUCUGUAGAUGAGCACAUUUUAGAUCCUUAAGGUUUACCGGCGUAACUGCUUUUAGAGAAAACAGGUGUAUCUUAAAAGAAUAAAAAGAGUGUGAGGCAUCAGCGAAAUGUAC